AAAGCAAAACUGACGUGGAUAAAGCAGCACCUGCGAAAUUGCCAACGCGGAAGGGACGAAUGACAGCACAUUUGUGAGGUGUCAGCAGUAAUAAUUCUAUAGUGGAGUCUGGUACCAGACCUGUACCAAAGAAGGAGCAAAUGGGAAGUGACGACAGAAGCGCCAAAAAUCAAAUUUUCUCUAGAGGACUACCAGCUGUAAGGAAUUAAUCUGCAAAUAAAAAGCGACGAAGAAGAAGCUGCAGAGGUGAUGUCGGACAGCGCAAAUACAUUCCCGGGUUACAAGCCGGAUGCACUAGUCCAGUUCUUCCGUACAGAGGUACUUAUUGGUCAAGAGGCCAAACAUUUCACUAAAGGUGAUAUAACACCAACACCUAAGCCAGAUGUCAUACAGCGGCUAUACAUGAGGGUGCUGCAACUGGUGAUACGCAUCAAGCCAGAAUCCCUCUAUCUGGUGCCUUUGUCUGAAAACAUCCAGUAUCCUUUACUGCAUGAGGGGAUGGCACCCAUCAUGAAUCUCUUCUUACGCAUGCGCCAAUUCCUGCCAAUGUGCCAUGUGUAUGACUUUUCUCUCAGUGAUCUGCUAACUCCUAAGACCAAACAGACAAUCACUGUUCUGAGUGGCAUCAUGAAUUUCCUCCACUUCAGGAAACAGAGGACGGAAGAGACUGCAGCACAUCAGCACAACUUUCGGGAGAACCUAGACAGACAGAAAGCCUGCAAACAUGGGAUCAAGGAUGCAGAGAAACGAAUAAAGGAGCUAACGACCAUCCCUCCGGAACAGCAGGCCGAAGCCAAACAGCUGGACAAAGCUCUGGCUGAACUACACGAGAGUACGUCACAGGCGUACCAGGAAGUGAAUAACCUAAAGGCUGAAGUCAGCGAAGGAAAGAAUGAAAGUAUCGAGCGGAUGCAGAAACUGAGUCAGCUGAAGACCGAUGCGAGUGCCCUCAAAGAGGCGAUCAGCAGGCUCAAGUCUCAGAUCGUGGAGUCGCCCGAGGAGCUCAAGAACGAGAUGACGAAGAUGAAGGAGAACAUCAAAACCAUCAAAAACUCUAAAGAGCUGGCGGAUGAGAGGCUGGUGGAGAGGCAGAUCAAUGUGCAGGCGGUGCAGCAGAGCGAAGUGGAGCUCCAGCUCCUGUACAAACUGCUGCAGGACCUCCAGACCAGCAUGACCAAGGCCCACCGCCAGCAGGAGGAGAUUCAGCAGCUGGCGUCUGAGUACGAGCGGUGUCUGAAGGAGAUGAAGGCCGUGGGCAUGGAGGAGGCGCAGCUGAAGAGGGCGCAAGCCAUGAAACAGGACAAGGAGUCGAAGCAGCACAUCCGCCGGCAGAAGAAGAAGGAGAUGAAGGACCACCACCUUCGCGACGUCAUGGGGGAGUAUGACCGGGUCCAUCUGAAGCGUGAGGAGGUGGUGGAGCUGAUCGCCGACCUGAGGAGGGAAACCCAGCAGUUCAGGACCAAGAUGCAGGUCAUGAGGGACACCUGCAACCAGGAGAUUGAGAAGGCACAGGCCAUGUACGACCACCUGUUAAGCAGCCUGGAUCAGUUCCACAAGCGCAUUGAAAAUCACGUCGUCGAGGGCAACGCAUAUAUUCACAAAAUAAAGCCACAUUUCUAGA